AAAAAAAAGGUUUCCCAAGUUUUUUAAUAUCUUUUUGUUAAGGGAGUAUCUUUGACUUAAUGUGAAACAAGAAGAGGAACUAUCAGUUAACUCAAGAGCAUCACAACUGUUCCAUCACUGUGCAAUUCAACCCAAGACUUGACAGCCUGAUGUUUGUGAAAAUUGACAAUGGCAAACAAUUUCACAACAGCUGAUGACGGAGUGAGCGAUCAUGUUGAAUAUCUUUGUGAGACUGACUUUCCAGCUAUCACUGGUCCUGCCUUCAUCUUGAUCUUCAUCAUCAGUGUCAUAGGCAAUGGUCUCCUCUUAUGUGUUCUUUUCAUGUAUGAAAACCUGAAAAGUGUCACAAAUAUUUUUAUCCUGAACCUGGCCUGCUCCGAUUUGAUCUUCACCUUCACACUUCCAUUCUGGGCCACUGAUCACCUCCACCACUGGGUCUUUGGGGACUUUGUCUGCAAAUUUAUGACUGCUGCAUUCUUUGUUGGUUUGUACAGCAGUGUCAUUCUGCUGACUGCAAUGACAGUGGAUCGUUUCAUUACCGUGGUGCUGCACAACUGGCUAAGCUACGUAAGAAGAAAGAAGAAGUAUGCAGUUGGUGCUUGCAUAGCUGCCUGGGCCAUCAGCAUCUCAGCAUCCCUGCACGAUGCUAUGAAAGUAAAAGUGGAAAACUUUGAUGAUGUUAACUAUUGCGAGGACAGCUCUAGUGACAGACUUGGAUAUUAUCUCCAAGUAUCACUCUUAUUCUUCCUCCCAUUUGCCAUCAUUAUUUUCUGCUAUUCUGCCAUCCUCAAGACAGUUUUGCGAGCUUUAAACAGAAAAAAGCACAGGACUGUAGCUGUGCUGUUGUGUAUUGUUGCAGCCUUUUUCAUUUGCUGGGGGCCAUAUCAUAUUUUGCUUUUAAUCAAGUCUCUCUAUAGACCCAAAGGUUGUAAGGCACAGGAACGGUUGGAUAUUGCCUACCAUAUCUGUGAAAUACUUGCCUAUUCUCACUGCUGUAUGAACCCUCUGCUGUAUACGCUCUCACAGAAGUUGCGAAAGCAUCUGUUGAAACUGUUGCACUGUGAAAAUGUGUGCAGGAAGAACAGGGAGAGAGACAUGGGUCUCACUUCUGUCAGUCAGAAAGUAACUUUCACAGCACAAAGCUCUGCUGUUAAGUUGGAACUGCACAACUUGCAUGGAACUGCAUUAAACAGUCACUCUUGAUAUUAAAUAUUGAUUAAAUUUGUAAAUACUUUUAUUUUGCAAAUUCCCUUGACAUUACAUA